AUUAACUAACACCACCAAUUCUAUAUACCAUUGCAAAUUAAAUCUCUUGUUGGUUCUUAGAGUCAUGGCUUCAAUCGACUCUGCAGAAGGAAACAAUCUUUUGUUUCCGAUAAUCCUUCUCCUGCCUCUUUUGCUUCUCAUCCUCAAGCACUUCAAAACUUCACCCCAACCACUUCCUCCAGGUCCAUUUUCAUGGCCAAUCUUAGGCAAUCUUCUUCAACUGGGAAAUAAGCCUCACAUCACUCUAACGCAGUUAUCUAAAACCUAUGGUCCAAUAUUCUCAAUAAGACUUGGACCCCGCCUUGUGGUUGUAGGAUCAUCACAGGAAGCUGCCAUUGAAAUUCUCAAGACUCGUGAUCGUGUUUUAUCAGGGAGAUCUCCUCCUCAUGCAGCACCCCCCAAGAGCAUGAAGCUAAACGAUUUAUCUUUUGGGUGGAUAGUUGAGUGCAAUGACCAAUGGAAAUAUUUACGUACAAUGUGCAGAACUGAGCUUUUCUCGAGCAGAGCUUUGGAGUCUCAAGCAGGUGCUAGAGAGAAAAUGGUGAUGGAUGUGGUGAGGUUCAUCAAUAAAAUGGAAGGGAAGGCGGUGAAAAUUAGACAAGUAGCUUUUGCAGCCAAUUUUAAUAUGCUUGGCAACGUUAUGGUAUCAAGAGAUGUUAUAAACUUCGAGCACGAAAGUGUAGAAGGGGAGAUUUAUAGGCCAUUAAGGGAAAUGAUGGAAGUGGGUACAACUCUCAAUGUGUCGGACCUCUUCCCAUUAUUUGCUGGACUUGACCUGCAAGGUAUACAGACAAAGAGUAGAGAAUGGUACAAGAGUCUCUGCAAGCUCUGGGAAGAUAUCAUCAUUGAAAGAAGAAAGAGGAAUACUGGUGAUGCUUCAAUCCCAAGAGAUUUCCUCGAUGCUUUGAUCAACAAUGGUUCAACCGAUGCUCAAAUCAAUAUGCUGCUCCAGGAUAUCUUAACUGCUGGUACAGACUCAAGUAGUUCAACAAUUGAGUGGAUGAUGGCAGAGCUAAUGAAGAAUCCAAAAUACCUGAAAAGGGUUGAAGAAGAAAUCGAAAGAGAAACAAAUCAGGAAACCAUAAAGGAAUCCCAUCUGCCUCAUUUAACAUUUCUUCAGGCCUGUUUCAAGGAAACACUGAGGCUGCAUCCUCCAGCACCGCUACUCAUUCCUCAUCGUGCGGUUGAAGCAUGUCAAGUGAUGAACUACACGAUUCCAAAGAAUGCGCAAGUCUUGGUAAAUUUCUGGGCAAUUGGAAGAGAUCCCAAAAUCUGGGAAGACCAUUUGGUGUUCAAGCCAGAGAGGUUUCUUAACUCGAGCUUGGAUUUCAAAGGGAAUGAUUUUGAAUAUAUACCUUUCAGUUCUGGAAGGAGAAUCUGUCCUGGCUUGCCAAUGGCUGCAAAGCAUGUUCCUCUACUUGUUGGUUCCAUGGUGCAAUCCUUUGACUGGUCUCUACCAAAUGGUGAACAUCCAGCUCAUAUGGACAUGAAUGAGAAAUAUGGUUUAACUGUUACUAAGGAACAACCUCUGCUUCUCAUUCCUAAUGCUAAAAAGUGAGAUUUGAGAGUUGGAAGGUAAAAUUAUUCAUAUGAAUUAAGACUCGUGUGAAUUCUACAUAUUUAUAUUUUUAUUUAUAAUAAAUCGAGGUCUUGUUUGCUUA